GGAGAAGCCUUGGAGCCCAGUGCAGUACCUCACAACCAGUAAACGCAGACCAGUGUAAAGAUUCAAAUGCCGGAUGUACCUUUAGUGGUUCAGAUUACAGGUGUUCAUGCAAUGAUAGGUUUCAUCAGGAAGGAAGUGUUUGUGUUGCUGAUAAAGCACUUGGUGAAUCCUGCAAUAAUGCUAAUGAAUGUUCGGAUCCAAAUGCCGGAUGUCUCGCUAAUAAGUGUACAUGUGAUGGGCAACAUUACCAGUAUAAACCUUCUAGCAAUGCUAAUAAUGUAUGUGAAAAAGUUGAACAGCUCCAGGUUACUGGGAUUUCAUUUUCAAAUAUUCAGACAACUCAGUUUACUGUAUUCUGGACACCACCAGCUGGUAAAGACAGUUAUAUAAGUGGAUAUAUGGUUGAAUGGAGACCGACCAAUAACAAUGUAGGUGGGGAUUCAAGAAAUGUAUCAUCAGCAUCGCCACAAACACUUACAGGCUUAACACCUGGAAGAACAUAUGAAGUAAAAGUUAUUUCAAAGAACACAGCAACUCAGCCAGGUUCAACAAGAUCAACAUCUUCCAAGAAAAAUCAAGCAACAGAACCAAGUAAACCAGGAACGGUUACAAGCACACUCAAUGACUUGGAUGCCUGGGAUAACAUGAUAACAAUCAGAUGGGUGACAUCGUUCGGUGUUGCCACUCAGUAUAGAGUAAAAUUGAUAGAUGGUAGCACGGAGGUCACUUCUACAACUAGUACUUUGAGAACUGCUGUGAUCAGUCACUCCACACUGAAAGAUGGACAUACUUACACAGUUCAUAUAGAAGCAAGGAGUCAAGCCUAUGAUGGAAAUUAUUUAUGGAGUGAAAAACGAAUUUCUACUAUCAAGACUAAAGUUCAAGUUCCAGACCCACCACGAUAUGGCAUCUGUAAGGAUCCAACAGACAAAUCUAUCACUUUGGAAUGGUCAAAGCCUGCUGAUACAAAAGGAGACUUAGUGAAGUACCACAUUCAUGUCUACCAGGACUUUAAUACUGUUAAGUUCAUUGUAAGCACAACAGGAACUCAGAACACAGUUGGCAAUCUUGAUCCAGCCCUUCACAAGUCCAAUUUGAGAUUGUCACCUUCAAAAACUGUUGUCGCUCCUACUUCAACAACAAUUUUAGAUUGGACAUGGUCAAAUGGUAUCAUCACUGCCAAUGCCCACCGUAAUUCUGUACUACCCUCUUGCCCACCUCCUACAGCAAAGUAUCCGACUACACUGAAUGAACAGUCAACGACACCUCCACCAGAGGUUGUUGGAAUUUCUUUCGCGGCUGAUGUUGUAAAACGGAAUAAACAACUGAUACUUGUGCUUCGUGGAACUGUGAGCUCUUGUACCGCAGCUUGUAAAAUUGAAAAUGAAAAACAUGAUGCACUCCAGAAUGCUAUGUUGAAGCCAAUCCUCGGGUUACAUCCACUUGAGUGUCCAUAUGCUGUUAUCCGAUGUGACGCAUCUCCAGGGUUUGUAGCCUUGCGAGAUGACGAAACACUCAAAUCCCUUCGAAUUGUGCUUGAAUUUGGUUGCAUGAAAAAUGCUAAUAAAAAUCCUGUAGCAGAAAUUCUUGAAUUUGAAAAUGAGCUACUCCGCCAUGAUCCAUCUGGUGGCCCGUUUCAGAAUUGGGUCUUUCAGUUGUUAUCGCAAGACUGA